AUGUCGUCCUACAACGGCGCCGACGCGAACUCGGUCACAUCGACCAGUCCCGCCUCCGAAGACUCCCAAGCAAAGCCCAAGAGGGCCAGAACCAGUAAACCGAAAGUCAAGACGGGAUGCAACAACUGCAAACAACGACGCAUUAAGUGCGACGAGAAACGACCCUCCUGCUCGCAGUGUGUACGCUCCAAGAAGAUUUGCACCGGAUAUCCACCUCCUAGCCGCAGCGCGAGACCUCACGAGGUCCUCGCCAUUGCUCCAAAGCCUCUCCUAGCCGCCGCUGCAACCAACGCUGCUCCCGCGCGAUCCAUCGAAUUACCUCCCAGAAGAGUUCAGAAGAUUCAGCGUCGAUUAACUCCCCCGCAAACCCCGAAUGACGCUCCUUCGGCCAUUACGAUGUACCGCCCAGCGGGGAACUUACAGCUCUCACCUCAAGAAGGUCUCUACUUCCAGUUGUUCCGCACUCACACCGCAAACGAAUUGUCUGGUUAUUUCGAUUCCGUCUUCUGGACGCAGACAGUCCUGCAGGAAUGUCACGCUGAACCCGCCAUCCGCCACGCAGUGGUCGCGCUUGGGGCUCUGUACAAGACCCUAGAACAGUCUUGCGAGUCCCCGCCAGGCUCACCAUCCGACGUAAUGAACCCCAUGGAUGGCGCAUAUCGACAUUGGGAAGUGGCAAUCAAACAGUACUCGGAGGCCAUCAACGCACUCGUCCAGCUCCAUCGUGAUCAGAAGUCACAUCGAACUCUGUUGAUGGCAAGCGUCCUGUUGGCUUGCUUCGACUCGUUCGUCGGGGACCAUCGCCAAGCGAUUCGACAGAUCCAGACUGGCCUCAGCUUACUGGAGAAGCUGCGGGCCGAGAGAAGGAAAUCGUUCAUACCCCUCUCCGAGGAACCUGUUGAGGAAGAACUGGUCAAAAUGUUCACGAGGCUGGCCAUCCAAGCCAAGUCGUACGACAUGGCCUUCCACUUCCCCGAGCCAUACGUGAUUCGGCUUACGCCCCAGAACCCUGAACUCCCCCAGUCCCCCCCUUCGGACGCCGGCAGCUCACCGUCAUCCAUGAGCUCAUCCUCGAUGCCAGAACAAUUCUUCAACCUAAUGGAGGCUCGCAUCGCUUGGGACAAGCUUCUCGAGAAGAUGCUUCGCUUCACCGAAACCUUGUUCACGUAUCAAAAAUCAACAGGCGCGAAUGGACCGAUGGGUAUUCUGCCCAAAUCGUUGAAACAGUAUGGCAUGAGCUUCAAGGGACAACUUGACGCUUGGUCCGAAGCAUUUGAGUAUCUCCUCGAAUCGCGCACAGCGCCCGGUGUCAGUCAUCAAGAGAAGGCCGGCAUCGCGGUCCUGAAAAUGUUCCAAAUCAUGAGCCAGAUCCUAUUCCUCAUGACAUACAGCGACAGCGAGUCACAGUUUGACGUCUUCCAACCCCAUUUCAAGGCCAUUGUCGAUCUUGCUUCCGAAGUGGUGGGCGAUGAAGAGAGACGAGCGGCAGCCAAGAGGUGUCCUGACCCUUCGCAGUGUACUCACCGUCACAAUCAUACCCCGGAUAUCUUUGGCGGUCACGACUACAAUACUUUCCACAUCAAGCCGAGCUUCAGUGCCGACCUGGGCAUCGUCCCACCCUUGUUUGUGGUGGCCACCAAGUGCAGGCAUUCCGUCAUCCGGCGACAGGCCAUCCAGCUUUUGAGAAGCAGCGCGCGGCGGGAAGGCAUGUGGGACAGUGAGCUCACAGCGCGAAUUGGACAGUGGGUUGCCACGAUUGAGGAGGAAGAGCUUUUUUCUUCACCGUCUCCCGACGCGCGUGGCUCCCAAGCCGGCGCCAACGGAAGACACGGAUCGGUGGACUUUGGCGAAGGCAUUCCGCUGGGACCUGGUGGUAAUGCCCGUUGGGAUGAUCGAAGGAAUAGUGCAAUUCCCGGCCUGAUCAAAUCGAAGCGAUCUGUCCCCGAAGAAAAGCGCGUCAUGGUUCGGGCGGUGGACUUUGACCUGAGGGCUAGAUUUGCUAACCUCCAGGUCGGUACUCGCGGCAUUAUCACCGGCAUGCCAGACAUGCGGUCCCGUGUUACCCACAUCACGUGGUAA